AUGGUCGCCUAUAAAUUAAAAUUUAACGAAGAUCUCUUUGUUCGCGCCUAUGUUGACAUGUAUGAAGCAUUGGGCAUGGCUAAUUCAGAUCGCUCCUUCGAUAUUUCAAUGGAAAAAUUUAAAAGCGGCUGGACCUUCUUUGUAAUCCCCUUAACUUCCACAUUAGAUGAUUCAUGCGGUUUCGAGCUUUUGCGAAGUGGUACGACAAGUAUUCGCUUAGAAUUCAAUACUCCAAUUCCCACGGGGGGUGUUGAAAUGAUUGUUCUAGGGGAAUUUGAUCAGAUGCUCAUGAUUGACUAUAAUCGCCAUAUUGUAUCUGACUCAAAUUUGGGUUAA